GGUGAUGCAUCGCCGUGUCUGCUCUGCCGGCGGGGAGGGAUGGAUGUCGUGUUACGAGGACUGCAGUCGGUGGGGAAAAUGGCCAUGUGUCGCCCGUUUUUCAACAGGUGAUCUACAUCUACCACUUGUCUUGGUGACCCUUAGUGCAGCCGGGUGUUAGUAAAAUGGAACCUCUCCAGCCCGUGUUUCAGAGGGGUGUGUGCAAUAUGUCCGGCUCACAUUGCAGUGCAGAGGUGCAAUCUGCCAGCGUGUAUGUCGCCCGUUCCACCUCUGUGCUGUUGCAUUGUGGCAGCUCUUCUUCCAGCUAGAGUACCUCUGAGCACUGGAAACAAGCUUGAAAUCUGUUUUGGGGUCAGGAACCCCACUGGGCUUUUGUGUUUCUCGUCUUUGUUACAAAUGCUUAGGUUAACUGGUUAAAAAAAGUGUAGAACAACAAGAAAAAAAAAUAGAGGAGGGCAAACAUAUUCUCCUAGGCUUUCUGCCCAUGCAUCCUGCUUGAGGGAAUGCUCAUUCCGGUGGUGGGAACUUGACGGGCUGGACAUCUCCACGAACAAACAGUUGCUCCAGUAUGAGGCGUGUGAGUGGCACCAGAGGAUCGUGACUCACCGGCGUGCCCCAGGUUGCUGGGUGGAGGUGCUGGCUGGGAUGGGUUGGGCACCCCGAGCCUCACAGGCUGCCCAGUGCCAGUGGGGGAGAGGAGAAGUGGAGCCCUUGGGAGCCUCGAGCAGAGCACCCCACCCUUCAAGCACCAUCUGGUGCAUUUGGCUAAGCCCGCCAGGGAGCAGCCACCUUCUUUGCACCUCUGCUCAAAGGCUUUAGUCCAGCAGGAUAAUAAUGUGUGGCAUGGAUGGGCAGGACAAGGGGAGGUCUGUGCUAGCUAAAGAUGGCUUCUGGGGCAGAUAAAACUGCUGCCUGCUAAUAUUAGGCUUGCCACAGCUGCAGCUGUCCCUUUCUUUUGUUGUUCGGGAUGGGGACGGGCACAGCAAGUCCUCAGAUCCUUGUUGUCACAGCAUCAGGCUGGGGAUUGCCGCUGGUGGUGCAGAGGAGUGACCAUGACUCACCCUCCAAAAGAGGAAUAGAGCGGAGGGUGACAUCGCUGCUGCAAGGCGCUGAGCGAGCCCCACGCCUCCCCCAGCCCGGCAGAGCCGAGGAGGCAUCGUCCUGCCCUGGCUGGAGGUUCCCACAGGGCCAGCUCUGGGUUUGCUCAGGAGGUGCAGGUGCUGCUGGUCCCAGACCCCCCUUGCCCGUGCUCUCAUGUCAGGUGACAGCGGCAGAGGACGGGGAGUCCCUGAUGCACUGACGGCCGAGCAUGUCUGGGAAACACUGGCCCCCAGGGACGCAGUGCGUCACCAAGCACGACCAUAACAAGCCCAAGGCCGGCGAGCUGGCCUUCCGCAAGGGGGAUGUGGUCACCAUCAUCGAGGCCGUGGAGGGCAAGGGCUGGUACCGUGCCAGGCACAACGAGAGCGGGCAGGAGGGGCUGCUGGCGGGCAGCGUGCUGCGGGAGCGCGGCGCCAUCCGCGCCGACCACAAGCUCAGCCUCAUGCCCUGGUUCCACGGGAAGAUCUCAGGGGUGGAGGCGGUGCAGGAGCUGCAGCCUGCCGAGGAUGGGCUCUUCCUGGUGCGCGAAUCCAUCCGGCACCCCGGCGACUACGUGCUGUGCGUGAGCUUUGGCAAGGAGGUGAUGCACUACCGCGUGGUGCACGAGGAGAACAUGCUGAGCAUCGACAGCCAGCAGCGCUUCUACAAUCUCAUCGACAUGAUCGAGCACUACACGAAGGAGCAGGGAGCCAUCUGCACCAAGCUGGUGAAGCCCAAGCCAAAGACGGGGAUGAAGUCAGCCGAGGAGGAGCUGGCCAAAGCCGGCUGGUUGCUGAACCUGCAGCACCUCACGCUGGGAGACCGCAUCGGGCAAGGCGAGUUCGGAGAUGUCCUGGAGGGCGAGUACAUGGGGCAGAAGGUGGCUGUGAAGAACAUCAAGUGUGAUGUGACCGCCCAGGCCUUCCUCGCUGAAACUGCUGCCAUGACGAAGGUCCGGCACAAAAACCUGGUGCGUUUGCUCGGCGUCAUCCUGCACAACGGCCUCUACAUCGUCAUGGAGUUCAUGAGCAAGGGCAACCUGGUGAACUUCUUGCGCACACGGGGCCGCGCACAAGUCACUCCCCAGCAGCUCCUCCAGUUCUCUCUGGACGUAGCCCAAGGCAUGGACUACCUGGAGUCCAAGAAGCUGGUGCACAGGGACCUGGCUGCCCGCAACAUCCUCAUCUCCGAGGAGCACGUGGCCAAAGUGAGCGAUUUCGGCUUAGCCCGGGUCAAUCCCAAGGGCACGGACAACACGGUGCUGCCCGUGAAGUGGACGGCUCCCGAGGCCCUGAAGCACAAUAAAUUCUCCUCCAAGUCGGACGUGUGGAGCUACGGGAUCCUCCUGUGGGAAGUGUUCUCCUUCGGCCGAGCACCCUACCCCAAGCUGAGCCUGAAGGAGGUGACAGAGCUGCUGGAGGAGGGGUACCGCAUGGACCCCCCCGAGGGCUGCCCGCCUGCCAUCUACGCGCUGAUGAAGAGCUGCUGGGAGAUGGAGCCGGGCAAGCGGCCGUCCUUCAAGAAACUCACAGAGAAGCUGCAGAAGGAGCUGAAGCACCUAAGGGACGUUUAACCUGCGUCCUGGUCCCAGAACCCAUGGCCAGACGUCCCCCAGACCCAUCGGGGUAGGGAGCAGCAUGGAAAUGAGCAGCCAGGCAACCUGCGUGCUGCUUUCUCCCAGAGAAGAUGGGACAGUGGAGUGGCAGGGUGCCCUCCUCCCCUGGGGUGGCCGAAGAGGAUGCAACAACCUCCCACCGUCCCCAUAUGGGUCUUUAACCCAGCCACACGUGGGGCCACCUGGAGCGGCGGCAGGGACCCCGACCUGCCAGGCUGCAGAGAGCAGCCCCACGGGGGUGCUGUGUGCAUGGCCCCCUAUUGGGUCCCUUUGAUACCCCCACCCCUCAGGUGAUGGGACAGGACGGGACAUCCCAGCCUGCUGGAAAAAGAAACCCCAACCCCAGCAGAGCCCCACGCUGGCACAAAAUGAAGGCCCCAAACACAGCCAGCUCAACCGCCUGGAUUUGUUGGUUUUGGUUUUUUUUUGUGUGUGUUUUUUUUGUUUGUUUGUUUGUUUUUGUUUUUUUGAUUAAACCAAAGAAAUUAGUUCAACAGCA